CGCCCCUGGCUGGAGACGCUGGGUGGACCUGGACUGCGCUGCUCCGACUCCUCCCCGCCCCAGGGAUGCUGCCGGCCCACCGGCUGCUUGUCCUCAGCUGCCUGGGCCUUCGAACUCUCUGGCAGGCUUGGGCCAUUCCUAUCCUGCCCCUGAGCCUGGCUCCAGACACCUUUGAUGAUGCCUAUGUGGGCUGCUCCGAGGAGAUGGAGGAGAAGGCAGGCCUGCUUCUAAAGGAGGAGAUGGCUCGCCAUGCCCUGCUAUGGGAAUCCUGGGGGGCAGCUCAAGAGGCCUGGGAACACCGGCGUCACAAGCUCACCCUGCCCCCUGGCUUCAAAGCCCAGCAUGGAAUAGCCAUUAUGGUCUACACCAACUCAUCUAACACUUUAUACUCAGAGCUGAACCAGGCUGUGCGGACGGGGGGCGGCUCCCGGGAGCUCUACAUGAAGCGCUUCCCCUUCAAGGCCCUGCAUUUCUACCUGACCCGGGCCUUGCAGCUGCUGCGGGGCACCAGUGGCUGCAGCGGGGUUCCCUCGGGGGAACCCGGGGAGGUGGUAUUCCGAGGCGUGGGUGGCCUUCGCUUUGAACCCAAGAGGCUGGGGGACUUUGUCCGCUUAGGCCAGUUUGCCUCCAGCUCCGUGGACGAGGCAGUGGCCCACGUGUUUGGUAAUGCCACCUUCUUCUCUCUAAGGACUUGCUUUGGGGCCUUUAUCCAGGCCCUGUCUGUCUUCCCGGAGGAGCGUGAAGUGCUGAUACCCCCCCAUGAAGUCUUCAUGGUCACUGGGUUCUCCCAGGAUGGAGCCCAGAGCCUAGUAACUCUCUCAAGCUAUAAUCGGACCUGCAGCCACUUUAACUGUGCCUAUUUUGGUGGGGAGAAGAGGCGGGGCUGUGUGUCCUCACCAGCAGAAGGGCAGCCAGAGUCAACCUCUCUGGGGGCCUUUGCUCUGCAGUCCUGGAAGAAUAUAGUUUUGGCCCCCAGAAGGCUGCAGCUCUUGGGAGCUGGGCCCUGAAAGUCCAACGCUGCCACUUAGUAAUCUUGGGAACUAGUAACCUUCCUAUGAAGAAGAAGCGCUUUGAAUGGCCUCGAGAAGCAAGAGCAUGGUUCUGACGCCAGCCCUGGCAGCCACUCUCCAGUCAGGGAGGGGGAGGCCCGAGGCCAUGCACGAUUGAGAGGGCCCCUCUGUGCAGUGGGAACUUCCUGGAACAAGCAAGGGAAGACUGAUGAUGGCUAGUGAAUAAAUGACAAAUAAAAAAAUA